AAUGGCACAGACCACCUCGAAUUCAUCGGAACUAACCAAACUGCAUUGGCGCUUCAAAAUGAGACAUUGUCAACUCCCAACGUGACAGCAUCUGGAGGAUACAACAACACCAACAUCACAGAAACUACUUCUACUUCAUCUACUUCCAACACCACACCGCCACUGUCGGAAAACGAUCAAGUGGCCACCAAUUAUUCAUCGCAGCCAAACGCAACAGAUGCAGCGCUACAGCAAGACCCGACGCAUGGGCCUACCGUAGCCAAUGCCACCAUCGCGCCAAGUGCAAAUGCUUCAGCUCCCCUCGGCGAACCAGAGAGUUCGCUGCCCCCGACAUCCUCGCCGAGUUCGGCACCGACAGUAGCCACCACUCGGCCUUCUGUGCCUACACAGAGCCCUUCUUUGUCCACACCAGGUCCUUCUGUUUUGCCCACGGCCCCCAGCACUCUCGAAACAAGUUCUGUUCGAGACAUUAAUGCAACCGCCGGCACCAACAACACUAAUGACACCGGAACAGAAUUGUCCACUUCAUCCCCAACCAACGCUCCGACAAAUUCCACGUCCGAGCCAGAACCAACCAUCGCACCAAUCGAUGUUAUGUCCGCAGACAACGUCACUAAUGCGACAGAGGCAGAUAACGGUUCCCAAUCGGUAUCUUCAGAGACAUUACAAGCCCCGACAAUGGCUCCUUCUCUAGAUCCUCAGUCCGGCUGCAAAAUGGUCAUGAGUUUUGCUGACAUAGACGAGGACGAUGCAAUGAAUGAAAUGGAGUACGUUUGGUUUCUAAAUGACAACUGGGAUAAUCCCUACCCUGGUGCUGUAUUCCAGGAUCUCCCGCAAGGAUUGAAAGACAAUUUCAACAACUUUGCAUCCGAUGGCCAGAUUGACAUUAGCAUGUUGAACUCUGAAAAUCCAAUGUCCAACGAUCAAGAGGCUUUUCUGGAUCGGGUCUGCGCCGAAACAGAAAUUGUGCUGUCUGCUGAGCCAGUCAGUGAUACUGACGGAGAUGAGGCAUCGAUGGCCACGUUCAAGGAAUGCCUAGAGUCUUUAACACUCCAUGAUGAGAACGGGGACUCCUGGCUCGAGUUCGAUGAGUAUGUUGCCUUAAUCAAGGUGAUAUCUGGUGGAGAUUUUGGCCAAGACAACUUUGAAGCGCUUCCAGACGAAUUGCAGGACAACUUCUAUGCCUUGGCAAUUAGCUCCAGGAUUGACCUUGGUGGAGCCAAACAUGGAGCUGACCUCUCAGCUCCGCAGAAAGAGGUCCUGGACACAAUUUGUAUUGAGACUAGCUAUGCUCUGGAAGAAGCAAACAAGAAUGCUGGAGAAGGAGAUACUUUCGACACGGUAGAUACCAACACGAUGCUCGAGUAUGCGGCCUGUUUCAUGGGCAUGAAUGAUGUCGACCAAAACGAUGACUUCGCUCUGGAUCAAUCAGAGUACAUUGAUUUGAUCAACUUGAUGGGCAAAUACCGCUUUCAGAACUACAACUUUACGCAACUCCCGCUUCUCCUCCAGGACAACUUUUGGAACUUACAGACCGAUGGCAGCAUCGACAUCGAGGGUUCUCAAGAAGGUCAAAGCCCUGAUAGUGCUCAGCAACACCAUCUAGGAGAAGUAUGCCUGGAAACUACAGCGGCGGUGAACAUGGCAAUCGCCAUGGCAAUCGAAUACACUGGGUCUGAUACUUCAAUGACGACGGCAAGCCCUUCUGACUUGACGCCUCAAGGUGAACCGAUCGUCAUCCAUUCUUCCUUUAACAUAUACAGUGAUGUUUGGAUUGCCGGCGAAGAAUUUAUCAUGGGAAUGACUAGAGACAGUUUACAGGAGGCGUACAGACAAUUUGUAAUGGAGGCCAUUGAUGGAUUGAGGCAACAAGGCAGGCAAAGGCAGUAUUUUGGGGGGCGAAGCUUGCAAGAAACAGUCCGGAGACCGCUUGCUGUGCUUGAUCGCGAGAGUCCAUCCAUCGACAACAUUGUGGAUCUGAACUGUGCUGGUGCCAGCGAAGGAGCCAUCUGCAAGACUGUGUUUGCCUCUUAUAAAAUCUCUCCAAUGGACGGCGACAUGGACCGACAGGGUUUGUAUGCCGAGUAUGUGCGAGUGACUCAAUCCUUUAUCGACGGUGGCCUACUUCAAAUUACGUUGGAACGGGUGAACCCAGAGACAAUGAUCACGGUGAUUGGAGCUUCAGAACCUGUGGUAUAUACUACAGAAGCACCAACACAGCCACCUGCCAACAUUUCUGUUCCAUUCUUCAGCGACGAUGACUACGACGAGCGAAUGGAGGCCAACCAGAAAAGGACUAUUGCUUUCAUCGCUGUGGGAGUAGGUUGUCUUUUAGCGGCAAGUGUAAUUGGACUGGCCGCUGUUCGGUACCGAAAGUUCAAAGCAGCGAAGACCCCUGUGGCUGCCGCACCCCAGAACACUGGGUCUAACGCUUCAAUCGGAAAGGCCAGUGACACAGCCAGCAAGGAGGAGGGAUUCUGCCAAGAAGCGAGUCAAGGGUCUCGGUCCGGUUCGAGCGAAUCCCGCAAUAGCCAUAUCUUCCGAAGUCGGUUGGGUGGCGACACUGAGUCUGAUGAAGAUGGCAUGCACGACGAGGAACUGGGCAAAAUGCAGGUCAUCGAUCUUGCUCCGUGCAACGGUGUCAAUGCAGCCACCAAUGACUUUGAAGCAAUCAGCCAGGCUCAUAUGAGAAAUCUUGUGAAACGGCAGCAGCAACAGCACUCAAGAGACGGUGUCCCCCCUUUGCGGAGAAAGAAGAACGACGAUAUGGGAAGCCAGGCCUCAGAAGAAUUGAGCUUUGCGUUUCGAAGAUAUGCUAUUGAUGGAGAAGACAAGACGAAACCUGAUGAGCCUCAAGAGCGAUAUGGUGACUUCUAG